AGUCCGUGGCUGCGAGGCCCCUGGCCGCUCGCAGGCGGAGCCGCCGACCGCUUCCCGCGCGGCGGAGCUGCGGGGCCGAACGCUCCUCUCCAGCAUGCUGCGGCGCGGCAGCCAGGCGCUCCGGCGCUUCUCCACCAGCCGGGUGUAUUUAAAAAACAAGCUGAAGUUGGCCCUUAUUGGCCAGAGCCUCUUUGGACAGGAAGUCUACAGCCACCUGUGCAAACAGGGCCACCAAGUUGUGGGAGUGUUCACAGUUCCCGACAAGGAUGGAAAAGCUGACCCACUAGCUUUAGCUGCCGAAAAAGACGGGACCCCUGUGUUCAAGUUCCCUAGAUGGAGAGUUAAGGGUAACACCAUAAAGGAGGUGGCCGAGGCCUACAGAUCCGUGGGAGCUGAGCUGAAUGUUCUUCCCUUCUGCACACAGUUUAUCCCCAUGGAUGUAAUUGACAGCCCAAAGCACGGUUCCAUCAUUUAUCAUCCAUCGAUCCUCCCCAGGCACAGAGGUGCCUCUGCUAUCAACUGGACUCUAAUUAUGGGAGAUAAGAAGGCUGGGUUUUCCAUUUUCUGGGCUGAUGAUGGCUUAGACACAGGACCCAUCCUUCUUCAGAGGUCCUGUGAUGUUGAACCCAAUGACACAGUGGAUGUACUAUAUAAUCGGUUUCUUUUCCCAGAAGGAAUCAAGGCCAUGGUGGAAGCUGUGCAACUCAUAGCUGAUGGAAAGGCACCUCGUAUUCCCCAGCCAGAAGAAGGGGCAACCUAUGAAGGCAUCCAGAAGAAGGAGAAUGCUGAGAUUUCCUGGGACCAGUCUGCUGAAGUUUUGCACAACUGGAUCCGAGGUCAUGAUAAAGUCCCCGGAGCUUGGACAGAGAUAAAUGGACAGAUGGUCACUUUCUAUGGCUCGUCCUUACUGAACCGCGCUGUGCCUCCUGGAGAAUGCCUAGAAAUUAAAGGCGCCAAGAAGCCUGGCCUUGUCACCAAAAAUGGACUCGUUCUUUUUGGUAACGAUGGAAAAGCACUGAUGGUGAGAAGUCUGCAGUUUGAAGAUGGAAAAAUGAUUCCUGCCUCUCAGUACUUUUCAGCGGGUGAGACAUCAGUGAUAGAACUUACAGCCGAAGAGGCGAAGGUGGCAGAGACCAUCAAGGUCAUCUGGGCUGGAAUUUUAAGCAACGUGCCUGUUAUUGAAAACACCACAGACUUCUUUAAAUCUGGAGCGAGCUCAAUGGACGUUGUCAGGCUGGUUGAAGAGAUCAAACAGAAAUGCGGUGGGCUUCAGUUACAGAAUGAAGAUGUCUACAUGGCUACCAGGUUUGAAGAUUUCAUCCAGAAAGUCGUGAGGAAGCUGAGGGGAGAAGAUCAGGAAGCAGAACUCAUAGUGGACUAUGUGUCAAAGGAGAUCAACGAAAGGACGGUUAAAAUGCCUUAUCAGUGCUUUAUAAACGGACAGUUCACUGAUGCUGAUGAUGGAGAGACAUACGACACCAUCAACCCGACGGACGGAUCGACAAUAUGCAGAGUAUCCUAUGCUUCUUUGGUGGAUGUCGAUAAAGCAGUAGCUGCAGCGAAAGAUGCUUUUGAAAAUGGUGAAUGGGGAAGAAUGAAUGCAAGAGAAAGAGGAAGGUUGAUGUACAGACUUGCAGACCUACUGGAAGAGAACCAAGAAGAACUGGCAACUAUUGAGGCCCUGGAUUCAGGGGCCGUCUACACGUUGGCUCUGAAGACUCACAUUGGAAUGUCUGUGCAAACAUUCAGAUAUUUUGCUGGCUGGUGUGACAAAAUCCAGGGCUCUACGAUUCCAAUCAACCAGGCCCGCCCCAAUCGCAACCUGACCUUCACUAAGAAGGAGCCGCUUGGCGUCUGCGCCAUUAUCAUCCCCUGGAACUACCCCCUGAUGAUGCUGGCUUGGAAGAGCGCCGCCUGCUUGGCGGCCGGCAACACCUUAGUGCUCAAGCCUGCACAGGUCACGCCCUUAACAGCUUUGAAGUUUGCAGAACUUUCCGCUCUGGCAGGCUUUCCAAAGGGGGUGAUCAACAUCAUCCCAGGCUCAGGUGGGGUGGCCGGGCAGCGCCUCUCUGAGCACCCUGACGUCCGCAAACUGGGCUUCACGGGGUCCACGCCCAUUGGCAAGCAGAUCAUGAAGAGCUGUGCUGCGAGCAACUUGAAGAAAGUUUCCCUGGAACUUGGCGGCAAAUCCCCACUUAUAAUAUUCAGUGACUGCGAACUUGACAAGGCUGUGCGGAUGGGCAUGAGCGCAGUAUUUUUCAACAAAGGAGAGAACUGUAUCGCAGCUGGUCGGUUGUUCGUGGAAGAAUCCAUCCACGAUGAAUUUGUGACAAGAGUGGUAGAAGAAAUUAAAAAGAUGAAAAUUGGUGACCCGCUGGACAGAUCUACUGAUCAUGGACCCCAAAAUCAUAAAGCACACCUGGAAAAGCUCCUGCAGUACUGUGAAGCUGGGGUGAAAGAGGGGGCCACGUUGGUGUAUGGAGGCAGACAAAUCCAGAGGCCAGGCUUCUUUAUGGAACCAACUGUCUUCACAGAUGUGGAAGACCACAUGUACCUUGCCAAAGAAGAGUCAUUCGGGCCUAUUAUGAUCAUUUCUAAAUUCCAAAAUGGGGACCUCGAUGGUGUGUUGCAGCGUGCAAAUAAUACGGAAUACGGCCUGGCCUCGGGGGUUUUCACCAGAGACAUAAGUAAAGCUAUGUAUGUGAGCGAGAAACUGGACGCGGGAACUGUUUUCAUUAACACAUACAACAAGACGGACGUAGCAGCUCCUUUUGGUGGAGUUAAACAAUCUGGCUUCGGAAAAGACUUAGGUGAGGAAGCACUCAACGAAUACCUCAAAACCAAGACCGUGACACUGGAGUAUUAGAGCGACACCUUCGCCAGUCAGCCCUCGGGGUCCGUGCCGUCCUCACCCCCAAAACCGAGCAUCCCCAGCGUGCACAGGAAGGAGGUAUCAGCCCGCAGCCAAACAUACUCGCGUGGACCGUGAAGAGGGCAGGCCACGUGUCUGAGUAUUUCUGAUGCACCUGUUCAACUUUAAAAUGACUUGUACCUAGGGGGUUUUGAUGUUUAUCUUCCAUACUUAUAAAGUACCAUGCUGCAUUUUUUUCCUCGGAGACUCAUCUGAUCAGGGUUGUUCAUCCUGAAAACGCCCCUUCAUUUAACUAGAAUACACAGGUGCUCUUUGGGGGAACUGUUGUCUAAUUUUAACCUCUGAGCUGUAUAGAUGAGGUAUAAAAGGGUUUCUAUAAUUUUGCUCUUAAACAAUAGUUAACCCUCUAAGGGAUGUGAAAGAAGCUUUUUUUCCUGUUUGUGUGAUGCAUCUUUGUGCCUUUGCUAUUCUGUUUUUGAACCCACUGUGAUGUGGACCCCCUAAAUGGUCCUUGAAUACCUACGGGGGGAGGUGCUAUAUAUAUUCUGAGAUGCAGGUAAAAAUUAAAGACAUGCUCUCGCCCUAUAAGUAGACGGCUAAUAAACAGCUGCUGAUGUGA